AUGAUUCUUCGAAAUUCCUUGAUAUUUUCAUGUUUUUUCCUAUCCAUCUCAACUUUGCUGCAAUAUUCGACCGGUAAAAGUGAGAGAUCCCUCUAUUGUUUCGUCAAUACACCAGAUGUAAGAUUUUUGAUAGGUGAACCUUUUUAGAUGAACUCAGAAAUAUCUUCCAAGAAAAUUGAUAUUUUUGUGAUUUUUCAGCGUCAAAUUUUUGAUCCGAACGUUCUCUCAAAUGUCUCUUGCACUCAUUUUGUCUACGGUUUUGUUCCAAUCAACAAUCCAAAAGGAAAACCAGAAUUCAACAACUAUGAUUUGAUGUAUAAUGGAAGAGAUGGAAAUAUUCGCAAAUUUUUGAGACUUCGAUCAAAACAUCGAGAUGCCAAAUUUCUUCUUGGAGUUGAACGAACUGCUUCUUUCAGAGAUGUUAUUGAUGCACAAAAUGUUGCAAAAGGUAUGCAAAAAGCAUACAAGGAGAAGUUAGUUGCAGCCAAAUUUUUUGAGUUUUUACUGUAUUAUCUUUUCAGGCAAUUCGAUGGUGUUUAUGUGAAGUUCAACGGUUAUCAUCUUUCCCAAUUGUCCUCCGUUGUUUUUAUGGAAACUUUGGAAACGUCGACGAUGAAACCAAGUAUUGGAGUAACUGCGGAAAGAGUUUGGCAAAAUGAUGUGAUCAACAGACUUCGAGAGAUUGCAGAACACGUUGAGCAUAUUUAUUUGGAUAUGUCUACAGUACCAUCAAAUGAAGAUCCAAUGAUUGUUACACAAGUUGAUGUUGUAUUUGCGAAUGGAUCGAUUCCGUAUGAAGAUACGAUUCAGGGAAAUGUUGACAAGUUGGUUUUUCCAAUCAUUUCUCAAACUCUGCCAAAAAUUCUUAUCAAAAAGCCCACGUGGCUAUAGUUUUCGAUUUUUCAAAAAAGUGUUUUUCAGACUUGCUGAAGAGGGAAUUAUGCCUCACAAAUUGAUCAUUGGAUUAUCCGCUUCAGGAUGGGUUUUCAAAGUUCCAUCAGUUCUCAAAAUCAAUCACGGAAUGUAUGCGGACGAAAUUGGAAGGCGAAUCAGUUAUCAAAACGCUUGCAAAGCUCGUGGAGCAGUUUUAUUUGACAACAAAACUUUGAACGAAAUCACAAUUCGCGGACAAGAUUGGACUUGUGCAAAUCUUCCUUCGGAAAAUGCUCUUGGCAUGAAAAUCGAGUGGAUUCUCGACAAUAAUUUUGCUGGAGUUGGUUUCAAUUCAAUUUUCGAAGAUGAUCCAAAAGGAGAAUGUGGAAAUGAUCCACUUCCAUCUCAUGUUUUGGCAAUGCAAACUAUUUUGGGAACUCUUCCUUCUGGACCAGCAAAAUGUACAAGACUUUGUUAUAUUUCACCAGAAGAGAUUGAUGAUAAUUUCCCAUUCGAUUCAUUAAAAUCCGAAUUUUGUUCACAUAUUAUUGUGGAUUAUUUGGAACUUGGAGAUUCUAUUCAAUUCGGAGUUGGAGAAUUGACAACAAAACGAAAAGGAGUUGAAGAGUUGCUCAAGAAAUUGAAUACCUGGCGGCGGAAAAUUGGCGAGAAAAAUUCACCAAGCCUCAUUUUGUCAGUUGGAUCAAAUCAGAAAAGCAGUGUUUGGAAAUUUGUUGUUGGCAACGAUGCUUUGAGAAAAUUAUUGGUCGAUAAUAUUAUGAAAUAUGUUGAUGAAGAGAUUGCUGAUGGAGUUGAGAUUUCAUGGACAAAAGAAAGUAUGAUCGAUGUUUUUGAUAAGAAAAACUUGAUGUCAUUGAUUGAGGAAAUUAAUAGUAAGCAGGAAAAGGAUAAUUUGAUUGAAAUUAUGGUUGCUGCGAGUGCUGAAAGCACUUUUGCCAAUUUUUAUGAUAUUGCGCAAUUGAAUCGAACCGUGGAUCUUGUUGUUUUGCAAACUCACAAACUUCAUUCAAACAAGAUUCCGUUCACAGGUAUUUUUAAAACAAAAUGCUUCUUGACAUCAAACAAGUGAUUUCCAAUUUUCAGGUCACCCAUCGCCACUUCGUGCAACUCCUUCAAUGCAAAACCAAAAAAUGAGUAUUGAAGAAAUGGUGAAACAUUGGACAAGCCAAGGAAUGUCUCGAAAACGCUUGGCAAUCUCAAUUUCUGCUUCAGCAAUCUCAAUGUCUUACAUUUCUCCAGAUCAAAAAUCUAUUUCAAAAUCGCCAUUUGGUCAAGUUGCUUCAGUUUUUCGAUCAGAUUCGGAUGACAUCAAAACACAACAAGAAAUCUGUGAAUCUUUGCAAAUGGAAACAUCAGAAUCGAAUUGGGUAGAAACAGCUGAUGUUCCAGUUAUCCUUCGAAAAAAUCAAUUGAUUGCAUACGAAAAUUUGAGAAGUGCUCAAGUAAAAGCAGUUUGGGCUUCAAUUGAAGGAAUCGGAAUGGCAAUUCAUAAUCUACCAGCUGAUGAUCCAUUUGGAAUUUGUGAUAAUCGGACAGCUUUUCCUAUUUUGACACAAUUGACUAGAACUCAAACAUGUUCGAAAUGCAUCAAACAACACGAUUUCAGAAAAUGUCAGCAUGAUUUCACAGUUUCUUGUAGCUUUGAUUUGAAAUCUUCGAAACGUGAGUAUUUAUUUUUCGAAGUCGAAAAUUUUUUCGGAAAUUUCAGCCAUUUUCAAAACUUCAAUUGUCCCUUAUGAAAGAUGCACUGAAAUUGUUGUCGAGCAAUUGAAAUUGAAUUCGACUGGAAAAAUUGUGUUUGCUGAUAAAAAUCAGGAAAAUGUGGCAAAGAAUUUGGUGGGUUCGGUUUAUAGUUAAUUUUUCCGUAAAUUUUUGAAAAAAGUUAAAAUCUUCGGAAUCAUUUUUCUUGAUUCUAAACUACUGGAAAAAAAUUUUAUUUCAGACUACUCUCCACUCAAAAAUGGAGAAAUGCGGAUUAAUCAUGUCGCUUUCAUGCGGUUCAAAUGAACGAGAUUUCACUCGACUUUUGGUGGACAAAAUGAAUUCAACAAUCGAUAAUAUUUUGCAGAAAAUGAGAGAAUACAAGUUUUCCGGAAUUCUUUUAGAUUGCGAAAAAGUCGUCAAACGAACAAAUCAUGUCAGUUUUUCAAACAAUUUCUUUUCGAAAAAUAAAACUAGUAAAAAAUGUGGAUUUUUCAGCGUCAAUUCAACACUUUCCUCAAAACUCUUCAAGAAAAACUCGACUCUCAAAAAGCCGCCAACAAUUGUUCCAACACUAUUUCAAUCCGUUUUAGUGACAAAACUUCGAGCCCAAAUUCACUUUAUCAAAUCUCCCAACUCAAUAAAUUAUCACACGUGGCAUUGUCGAAUAUUGACGCAAAACGAGUAGAUCAACAAUUUUUGGGAAGUCAUGCCAAAUCUACAGUAAGCCUAGCCUCAUUCAUUUCGAUUUGACAAAUCUUAUUUUCAAUUUCAUUUCAGGAACAAGUUUUAUCUCGCUGGUUGGUUAGUGGAGUUAAACCUUCAAAAAUCGUUUUGGAGAUUUCACCAUUUGCAAUCAAACAAUCGAAAAAUGGAACUGUUUCAACUUUGACACAAGGACAAGUUUGUGAAAGUGUUGGAAAUCGCGCGGUUUUCGAUGAAGACUUUUUGGAUUUGGUUUCAACUGUUGGACAUGAUGCGGGAAUUAUCAGCUCACCGACUGUUGCAACUUUCAAAUAUAAGGUAAGAGGAGGGGGGCUUUAGAGAGUGAGAGUCUCGAUAUUUUAGAAAGUAGAGUUCUCAACUGUGACGUGGCAAAAACGUGACUCUUAAAAUUUCGAAUAAAAAACAUUUCAAGAAAAUGUUCAAAUUUUAAUUUUUUCUAACAUUUGUGAUUUCAAAAAAAAGUAGAAUAAACUUUUGCAAUUCAUAUUCAUAAUCUAGUUCUGAAAUUAAAAUGCUUUGUACUUUUGACACAAUGAACAUAAUCCUGCUCUUUGACCAUGCGUUAUAACGUGGAAAAGUUCAAAGAUUGUGAAAAUCCGAAAACAUUUAGAAAUCGUUUCCAAAACAAAUGUUCACUAUUGUUUCCAGAUUGGCUUUGCUGUUCGCGAAGAAUUAGCUGGAAUCGGAAUCCGCAGUGUGAACGGCGAUGAUUUCACUGGAAUCUGCGGCCGCGGCUCAUUCCCAAUUUUGAAAAGUGUCUACAGAAAAGAUAAAUGCUAA